CCAGCUGGGCUCCAGCUUCCCCAGCCCUUGCUAAUGUAUUGACAGUUAAUGAUAUUUCAGGUUUUUUCUAAAGCCCCAGCUCCUGGAGUUCCCUGAAUCUCUGCUUUCAUUUCUCAAAGUAACCUGCUUUUUGCCUUCACAGUUGCAGAAGAAAAGCCUGAAAAAUUGACCAGAGUGCACCUUAAUGGCCCAGAAAGUGGAAGGCAAAUUAAAAAGCCAGAUGGAACAUCAGAAUAACUUUGUGUACAAGUGGUCCCGAAGAACUCAAUACAUGGAUAAAGUUAAUAGUCAAGGUUGGCCAGAUCAGUUCCUCGGUUUGUCACAAAUUAAACAUCUCUGAAAAGAGCUAUUAAAGAGAUUGUGCGCCAGAGUCUACCACCCUUGCUCACCCUGGGCAGUAGCCUACUCUGAGAGGAGACCCAUUGGACUUCAGGAGGAUUCAUCUUGGAGGAAGGGAUUACUCAAUAUGAGUGAUGUUGUUGAACUGUAUUAUGAGGAUAAACGUGUUACUACAGUGACUGAUUCUGGAACAGCAACACUUAAGCCUCGGCCAAGAGUCCGACCGUUACUGACCUUCAUGCCUCUCAACACCCAGGAAACACAUGGAGUGGCUGUGCCAACCCCUUCUGUGCCAGAGGGUUUUGAAGAAAAAGCAUCUCUAGGUCUUAAGCCCCAAAUCAAUGGAAACUACAGACUGUACAAUUCAGUUGGAGACCUGCGGCCAAAGGCUUUCGAGAGAGACUAUCUGGACAAUGAUAUUCCUCCACCCCCUUCAAUGACCCCACCCCCACCUCCACCCUCCAUGGCACCCCCACCCCCACCAAUGGAAAUACCACUGCCUCCACCAUGCACAGCACCUCCGCCGCCACCACCACUACCUUCAACAGCAGCAUCUCCGCAAUCCGUAGCUCUACAUCUGCUUUCAUCUUCAACUGUAUCUUCUCCAGGCCCACUGUCCCCUCCGGAUUUCAUUCCUCCAGCACCUCCACUUGCUUUUGUGGUGCCCCCAGCACCGCCUCUGCCACCUCCAGCGCCUCCUACGCUUCAUACUCCCAUCUCGAACAGCGUCUCCAAGUGGAAAUCAGAAACGGUUCUGAACAUGAAGCAGACAGACGCCAGGGAAAAUGCCAGCGUCUCCUCUCUCACUGUCACCAUUCCACCUGCCUCUCACCAGAAGGAAGAGUCACCAACCAAGUCCACCCCAGAACCUCACCUGACUUUCCCCAGAUCAUUAAAAGUACCUCCCGCUGCCCCAGUGAGAAGUUCAUCCAUUUCCGUGGAAGAAAAAGAUUCUGGUGAGGAAGAUGGGCCUAUUUCCAGACAGCCUCGCACCCGCCCUCCCCUUCCACCAAGCUUUACCAUAAGACCUGCAGCAAAGGUGCACUUAGCUGGAGAAGCUGAGCAGAAAUCUACCUCGGAUAGGCAGAUAGUAACAAAGCCCGUCAGACAAAUCACAGAACCCACGAGCCCAAGACCAGGGUCAGACUCUGGCAAAGGGACUAAUUUUAAUAGCUAUCGGUCCUCAUUGUUAGAGGCAACAAAGAUCCCGCUGGAGAAAGCUGAAAAAGACUUAGGCCCAAAAUCUGAGCUUCCUGGUGCAGAGGAGGAACCGGAUGUGCCCUCCCCAGACUACACAUCAUCUGAUGAUGACUGGAAAGAACCCAGUAAUCUAAAUAGGCUGAAGCAAGAACUGUCAGUUUUGCUGUCCUCCUCUUCGAAAAGGGAGGAGAGACAGCUGGAUAAACCCAUAACUGCCAGACCUGCCAACAGUAUUACUGACCACCCUAACAAUGAUAGGUUUAGCUCUGUUGGGUCAAAACAAGCUACACUUACUUUGAAAGAUCUACAGUUACCUGCAGGGGGGGGAAGUGAGAGGAAAGAGAAGAUACCUACUAAUUCACUCACUGCAAAAGAGAACUCCUCGAUUUUCUCUGCUCCAAGCAAUAAACCCACCAGCAUGCAAGCAAACAGUGUUAUGAAAUUCAGGAAUGAGCUGGAAGCACUACUCUCCCCAACAAAGGAAGGUAAACCACCAAUAGGACUUACAAAUCACAGACACAGUCCAGGCACAAACAGAGUUACCCUGAAUUCUGGUAGCAGCCAGACAAAUUGUGGUGACUCCAGGCUGCCAAAACCUGUUGUCAAUCAGCUCCCACCCACAGCAGCUUCAGUGGAAGUUGAGAAGACACAGAAGGAUCGUAAGACUCCCAGUGCCCUCACCAGUAAUAAGACUUUGGAGAACUUAAACCCUAUUCCAGGAUACCUGCCAUGUGACAAUGUUCAGAAAUCUCCAGACCCACCUCAGAAACCAAAGGACCAACCCUUUGUUCUAGCCUCCUCUUCACCCUCCUCUAUAGAAGCUACCUCUUCCACACAAACCUCUGGGUUACACACAGACUUUUCUCUCGUCCAAUACAAAACCCAUCAGGCCGAGACCAGCUCCACAGACAGUCUAUCCUCUCUGACCCCUGCCCAAACUGUGGAGGAGGGGCCAGUCAGUACAAACAAACAUGAUGCAGACAGAGGCACAAUCCUGUGCUCUGCUGAGAAGUCACGGGUGCCUUGGCAACCAUCCUCUUCCUCCAUGAAUAUAGACCAGGAGGAGGAGGAUGUCCUGAUUCACCCAGUCACAGGAGAAAAGGUGGAGAAAGGCUCUCCAAUGGCUCUCCUCCUGGCUGCAAAACAGCGGGCCCAAAGAGGCAGGCAAUCUGCCUCCCGCCAGAACAGUUACUUGUCCAAAAAGCCCCCCAUUAAGCUAUCUGAGAAACUCGGUGGCAGCAGCAGCCAGUCAGAAACUGGCUCAACCAACUUCUACUACAGUGAGUCCAAGCCCUACUCCUUUGUGGUGGCACCAAAGUCCCCGCCGAUGGAGUCACCUGCCCUGUUGGGGGGAAAGCAGCAUGAUAGAAUGAUCACACCUGAAGGCAAGGCACUGGGCUUCUCAGAACCAGGACAGAAAGCCUACAAACCGCUGUCAUUCUCCAGCACUUCUGAGCAAAACCAGAACAUGCAGAAAACUAGCAGUGGGGAGUCCCAGAGCCUUUCUAAGCUAGAGAGGUUUGGUGCCUCCAGUUUAGUUCAAGGCCUCUUGGAGUCCAGACACUUGAGACCGCAAGACCUGCCCCCCAAACCUGACCUUUCCUUGUACUCCGUCUCUUCACCUCCUGGCUCCUUGUCCAAGGAGGAUGAAGAAAAUGGAGAGAAGCUUGACUAUGAGAUCAUCCCACCACCACCAGAGUUCAGCAAUGACACCAGCAGGGUCGAGAAAGCUUCUUCAAAUAUGGGAGAGAGCUGCAGAGACCACAGUUUCCCAGAUUACAGCCAACCCUGGGAAAGGCAGCAGAAUAUCCGAUGCCCAAGCUACAGCUAUGGCAACAGUUAUGCCCUGUCCACCAAAAUGGCCCCAGACAGCAGUACGAGGAAUAGCGGCAUCAGUCAACAUCACCCAGGUGGCCGUUACUCCACUGGCCCUCCUGUCUGCAGCCCAGACAGCCGCCCGCUGAUCAAGAAGCGCCUGUACGUGUCUGAACCCGAUAGGUCCUACUCGAGAACAUCCACGUCCUCCAGGAACGUUAGCACACCCGUGACCUAUGGCCACAACAUGGUGGGGUAUGGCUCCCAGGCCGCAGAGGGGAUGCGCCGGGUCAGCUCCACCCACAGAAGUGUCCCCAGCAGCACGCAAGGCAGGCGCAUGUCACUGGAGCCCCCUGGGAAAACCAUGUCUUAUAGCGACACCAUGAACAACGCCAAGUAUAAAGGGCAGAAUGGGGAGUACUCUGCUGCCAGUGCAGCAGCAGCUAGCAGGCCUAUCCAGGACAACCCACAGUACAGUUCUCCUGUGAACACCUUCACUGUCAGGCCUGGGACACGGCAACCGAUUUCCUACAUGUACCAAGGUAGCCAUCGAUAAGUUGGUUCAGGAGGCUGCUUUGCUGCCUUCCGUUACAUAAACCCCACAAGCGUGUUCCAACUUGGUGUGACGCAGGAUGGACCUUGAUGUGUCAUUAAUGAUGAAGUCUAUCCAGGAGUGGUUCCGUAGGAGCAUAAAGGUCUGCCAUGGCUCCCAGAGUAUUCUGUAAAUGCACUGCUUGCAAAUUAUUGGGGUCAAGGGUGAGACUAAAACCCUCCUCAAAAACAGAUAUGGAGAGUCGUUACUGGAGAAGCCCAGUUGCUGCACUGUUGUCUUGAAGGAAUGCCUUCUCUCUCCCCCACAGGACCAUUAGGUAAAUGCUCCAGCCUAUUAAGGGUUUUAAAAUGUAAAAGAAAGAACAUGCCUUGCAUGCUGUUUAAAAGCACAUGAUACAAGAUUACUCGUUAGUGAUUUUCUUUCGUUAAAUUCAGUUUUAAACCUACUUUAAAUACAAUUUAUUUGGAAGGGGGGAAAAACUCCACUGGGAACCUGCAUGACAAGGGAAAGGUGUCUGAAUCCAAAUAUGCUAAAAACGGGUUGUAGAAAUAGGGAGCUUUAACAGAACAGAGAGAGACAUGAUCAGAGUGGAGGAUGGAGGAUCUGGAACUCCUAGAAUCUAAUCCUAGCCCUGCCACAGACUCUGUCACUAGCCUUGGGCAAGCCAAUUAGCUGCAUGUUUUCAAAAGUGGCCUUUGAUUUUUGAGGGUGUGUCUUGACCCCUGAGGUCAAUAGGAGUUGUAGGUGCUUCAGCAUCUUUGGAAAAAAUCAUCUUUGUGCUCUCUCACUGAGCAGCGAGAAAUGGAGGUGUGCACAUUUAAAAGCCACUUCUGAAAAUUUGGGCCUUAACGUCUUGUCUUCGUUUAGCUCAUUUGUAAAUGGUGCUAAUGACCACCUGUCUCAGAGGAGUGCUGAGAAGAUUAACUGGUUCAGGUUUGUAAAGUGCUUUGGAGAUGGAAGACACUAAGUGAUCAUUGUCCUUAAACUCUGUCCAUACUAAUGGACAUCACUGUGACUUACAAACUGUGUGGAGUUUUACAGUUCUCUUGUCCUUCAGAAGAAUGCCCCUUUAAAUGCCCCAUUCCAAACAGUUAAGCAACUCUUUUCCUAUAAAUUCAUGUCUCAUAAAGGAUGUGGUUUUAGUUUUAGCCUACUUUGGGGUCAGCUAAUUUUUAAUAUAGUCCUUAAGUAGCUGACACACUGUCUUUUGUAGUGUGCCAUUAGUAAAAUAUUAAUGAUUUAUAGCAUCGUCUGUUUUUAUCUAUUUCUGUAAAUGUAUUAUGGAUGCACUCUUACCAUCUCAUCAGGCAAGCAUGCUGCAUUGUGUCUGCUUUCUUCCAGUUCAAAUAUCUGUCUGAAUUACAGUCAAACAAAGGUUAUCCAAAUGAGAUGGGAGCCAUGAAAGUAACUGUAGGUAAACAGGGGACUUGAGUGUGUGUCUCUCUCUCUCUCCCUAUAAUAUAUAACACACACACAGGGGGAUAUCUCAUUUUACAUAACCAAAGUUUGGUUAGCUAAUUUAGUUGGUAAAAGAUACAUAAACAAAACAAAUCUAAUAUGCAUCAAAAUAAACUCAGUUAAAAUGACUGUAAAAUAAAUGUAAAAACAUGUAGAACAUUUUCUAGUUAUGGACAUCAAACAAAAAGCACUUUGAGACACUAGUCAUGUUUUAUUUAAAGCACUUUUUAUUUUCACUAAUAUGCAAUACCUUUUUAGUUCACUGAAGCUUUUCCCAUGUAGUUAGUGUGUAUAUAUGUAAAGCUGUUUUGGUUUUGUUUUUUUGCUGUUGGACUCUUAACAUUAAGUGAAAAACUUUGGCUUACACUAUGCAAUUUUUUAAAACAAGCUUUUUUGGUAUGACUGUCAUGUUGCAAAUUGAUAGUAAGUGUACCAUUAUUUGUAAUUCAUUAUACUAAUGACUCAACUUCUGGCCUUAUUUCACAGUUGUCCCAUGUAUUGGAUAUAAAUCUAAGUAUUCCGGACUUCUACUUUGCCACAAAUACAAUGAGAAUGCAAAUAUGAGUGUAAUGGCUGAAAUUCAAUUCCCCUAAUAUACAUAUGAUGCACAAUUCCAAAUAAGCUUACGCCAGGGGGGUAUGUAAUGAAAUGCCAGCGUGGUGUUUAAAAGAUAAAAUGAAUGGGUACUGAUGGAAGUAGUAAUUUUCCAUAUAUUGUAAGUUGUUGCCAAAAGUACUAGCACCCCAAUCCUGCAAAUACUUAAGAACACAUGCAACAUUUAUAUUGUACCUAGUUCUUGUCUAAGUUUAUGGGAUUACAUGUGUGAGUAAAGCAAUGCACCUUUUUCACUGUUUGCAGGAUCAGGGCCUGAAUUUGGACUAUUAAAAAUAUAUUUUCCUUGUAAAUAUUCAGAUGAUUUUCCAGUGCUUUUUUUUUUUAAACUACUUUUCACCAUUUCAGUUUCACAUAGGCAUGAUUUUGCUUCUUAAUGUAACUUUUUACACACUAAGAUUUAUGGCAUUGACCUCUAAUAACCUGAAAUUGCGAAUGCCAACUUUCCUGUCAAAACUGUUCAAAAACAAGUUUGGGAAAUUGAAGCUUUGCUCAUAAAUGAUCCAUUUUCACUAAGGAAUGGUCCUAGACUGUUUUGGGUUUUCCAAGCAAAACCCUGUAAAAUUAGUCUGCUAUUAUGAAAACACGAAAUCUGAAAUUAUUGUUUUUGACACAUUUGAAUGUUGUUGCUUGUAUUUCACGCAGUCCCACUGGAUACACCAAAUUGUAUUGCUAUUUUAUGUAGUCUGGGGAGGUUUUACUUCUAUUAAAUUUGUUGUAUGAUAAAUUGUUACAUUAUUCAUACUGAUAAAACAGAUUAGUUUAUUUUGUGAACUAGAAAAACAACUUUCAUUUUAAUUUAAAUAUGGGCACCUGCCCUUAUAAGUAGAUAAAACAGUUAUUUGGAGAAUAAUAAGAUGGUGUCCUUGGUGGUUAAUUCAAGCCAAUGUUAAUUCAAGUGGGAUUUUGUGUUCACUAUGAUAAACAUGGGUAAUGUGAUUGAUGUUCUACUUCCUGAAUGCCUGCUCCCUCUGAACUCAAUGGCAAAACCCUGUAGACUACAAGGAGAGCUUCAAUCUGGUACUCUGACUGACUGGUUCCCAGUGGAGAGCUGCCACAUUGCAAAAAAAAUCACUAUCAGUUAUUGGCAGAAUAAGUAGAAGGGCAAAACCCAGAUGGGCAAUGAAGAGAGACUUUUACGGAAGGACAGGGGUGCCUCCAGGUCAGGCGGGAAGCACUUUAACAGGACAGCACAUUUAGUCUGCACUGUGCCGUAGAUCAACAUAGGACUUUUUUUUAAUUCCAGGGCUCUUAAUUUGGCAACUUUCACCAGCUUUCUACAUUCAAUAAUGGUGUUUAGUCUUUGCUUGCUUUUUUAAUAUAAAAUCACCCAGAUGAAUUAAUGGUUAUAUAUGUUCUACUUGGUCACUGCACAUAGGUCACUUCCAAAUGAAGUGGUUUAUAAUCCAUAUUAACCUGAUGAUGUUUAAAACCUUCUAGUAUUUUUAAAUGAUUUGCUUUAACUUUAAUGAAAACUUGGUCACUCAUUUAUCAGAACUGUAGUUAUUCCCAGCAAAUGAGUAUUCUACACCUAAGCUACACUGGUGGUAGUAUGUGAUAUUUUUGCUUGUAAGAUGUAUAACAAGCUUUUAUUUAUAGACUAUAUUAAAAUGUCACACACUGUGCGGUCUCUUUCAUUAAAUGUUUCACUUUUGUUUUUGCUUGAAAGUGCUUGAAAGGGCUGGGUUAUGUUCGGUUGUCUAAUUAAAGCCUCGUUUGGCUUACUGAGUUAUCCAAAUGUCUUAGAGACAAAAUCUGCUCCUGAUACAUCUAGUGCAAAAGCAUCAUCUCCCUCAACUUUAAGACUUAAGGAGGAAAAAGGAGGGUGGUGAGGAUUGCCUAUCUGCUGCCUGUGGUAAAGGACAAAAGAGUCUUUAAUUUCUAGGUAACUGAACUUCAGCAUCUCUGUAUAAUUACCACUGUCUGGCUGUGGAUUAAUCCAGCUGACUGUCUAUAACAAAACACCACUGCACUUGGUACUGUCCUCCAUAGCAGAGGCACUAAAGUUUCCAAGGACUGAAUGGAUAUAAACAGUGAACUGCCUUUGCCCUGCGAUAGGUCCUCUCUCUAGUUCUAGCUGGACAGGGAAGCUUAUUUAUACUCUAUACCACCCUUGUUCUAUAGAAUCACAGGACUCUAGUCUUUAGAGCUGUCAGUCCAGCUUCUUUCACUAGCACUGAAAUUCACAUAUGCAUUUGCAAGUCCUAACAUGAGUGUCUUUUAAAAUGGAAAAUGCUUGCAUUACUCACACUGUGAGAAGAGAAAAGACUGAGGCUUGUGUUAAACAUUAGCUCCUCUCUCCACUCCUCCACAUUGAAAGAAAUGUAAAUGUGCAUUUAUUCAGCUCUGGUUACCGACCUGGACUCGUUACUGGGGAAGUUCAGAAAUAUAUAUAUGAAAUCCUAAAGGAAUACUCAACUUGGGAGGCACACCAAAAACUAAGACUAGUGUGUGAAUGAGUCUAAUAGUGGAGACAUCAAACUGUGCACAGCCCUUUUUACAAAUGGCUUCUAUAUAAACUGGGGUUUAAGGUGCAUGCCCCCCCUUUUUAAAGUGCUUCUAAGGUCCUGCCUAUGUUAAGGAAGCUCUCACGCACGUAUGACUGUAGCUAUAAUCACACUGGUGCAAAUCCCUAAAGCAGAUCCUGUACACUGAUGUAAAAUGGAGUUUACAUGGUUGCAGUUUACAUCAGUUGGUUACAUCUGUGUGAAUUUCCUUAAAUCCCUUCAGCGGACUUAUUUCAGACUAUUUGGAAGUCUGUUGCUGUGCAGAAAAAUAAUAGUUUUAAGCUUGUUCCCUUUAAGUACAGUGCAGAUAGCAUAUAGCUACUUCAGGCUGUUACUACUUAGCUCUUUGGGGCUCUCUUUGUUCUGCAUUUGUACAGAAUCUAGCACCACAGCGUUCUGGUCCAUGAGUAGGGCUCCUAAAUUGUAUUACUAUAAGAAAUAAUAUCUGUUUUAGAAGCUCAGAGGCACAAGCUUUGUAAAACUGGUUGAAAGAUGGAUACUAAUAGCUAAUGACACCUUUGUGCAAAAUGGGUUAAUAGAAUGUGAGCAGGGAAUAACUUGUUUACUGCUCCCUUCAUUUAGAAAGAUAUUUAACGAAGGUACAGUCAUUCAACAUUUGGCAGAGAACCAACUGCAGAGGCAGAAGGACACGAGUCAGAAUAGAAAGCAAAAGUCAAACCAUCAUCCAAACAAAAUGGCUUAUCUAUAACUGAACCAGGUAAGCUCGUCUCUAAAGCUAUGCAGAACGGACCUACAUGCCAGAUUUCACUCCGGGGCAAAAAUACCAGCAUCUGUGGAGAUAAAGAUUCCAGUUUAAAUUAAAGUUAACAGCUGUAUCAGUUAUAAACAAAACACAGUGGAAGCUCUCUGACCAAGGCGGAGGGUGGGUACGUGAAAUUGCUUAACACAAGUCCCUUCUGACACACUAAGCUUUUUCUUUACACAAUCUAUACAGCCACUGCAUGUAAGUUAGUUCUAACACUAGCCUGACAUUUCAGGUCAGCUUUUUCAAGGGCACUAUUAGGGCACCAAAAUAAGUGACUGGGUUUUCCCAGAGCUCAGCAUGCUGGCUCCAGAAUGCUGCCAACACUAUUCUUUCUAGGUGCCUAAAUGGGAGUUGAACGUGCCAUAAAAAACUGGCCCUCUAGAAAACACACAGAUAUAAAUGGAUAAUUAAAUUAUUCAUCCUUUCAUUUUUUCUGCAGGAUCUACUGUAACAACUGAAACAGAGCUUACAUACUUCAUUUAAGUUAGCUGGCGCCAGAUUCUGCAGCUAUUAUGCAUACUGAAUUCCCAUUAUUUUCAAUGGGAACUAGGCACUAAACAGUUAUUAGGGAGGCAUUAGUCAAAACUCCAGAUAAGGCAGAGUAGAAUUUUGCACUUAAGGCAGGGAUUCAACCUCCUUAUCCUUUCUAGAAUUAUAUUUUUACCCAUUAUAGACAAAUGAAUGUUCUGAGCACUUGCAUGUAAAUCCAUUAGUUUAUGAACUAAAAUUUAAACAUGGGUCCUCUGCAACUGAUGUAAAUUCAAGUAGCUGUAACUACAAAAAGCAAGAUUAAAGGAGUACAAAGGUGAGCUUUAAAUUACCUUGCACAGCUCAUCUUGACCUAUAUCCAGAUCUGAGAGCUGUGCUUUGGCAAUACUUGCAAAAUGUUUGUUAGCAUCAAGAGAUAUACAAGUGAAUUGCCUCUCUCUCUCUCUCUCUCUCUCACACAC